CAAAAUCAUACCGAAUCACAUCGAAUCGCACAUUUUUUCAACUCUGACAGGUGAGGUGGGCAGCUGCAAGUUGUAGACGUGACAGUGGGUGGCGGUUUGAAAAUCCCAAUCCGCUUGCAAACCAAGCCGACCCGCCAAGCAAUUCUGCAAUCGAACUUGACCCUUCUGCUAUGCUAUAUGCACAUCCAGCAACUAUUAGAUUACAUCUACCAUGCUAAAUGUAGAUACACACACACAGAAUAAUUUCUCAAUUAAACCUAAUUGACCCCCAAACAUCUCAUUUCUAUCACCGCCGUUUGCCUUUCCGCCGCUGCUGCUCUCCGCUCACCGCCCACCGCCGCUGCUCUUCGCUUGUCGUCGCAGGUCAUUCCUAUUUUCACUGGCCAGGACCCAUUAAAAGCCUGUUGCACCAUACAAGCUGGAAAGAGACUAAAUUUCGAACCACCAGCACAAGCAGCAGGGUGUUUGGCUCAAUUUUUUUUUUCCUUCUCACAAGGACAUGGCAUUGAGGCGUUUUUUCGGGUUUUCUGAUGGCGAGCUGAUGAGAUCAGACGCAAAGCCUUGUUCCAGAUUAAUGAGGCAAACUGCUGGGAUUUUUACUGUUGGUGGAGGAUUGGGGUUUUGGGUUCUCUGUCGUCUGCAUUAUGGCCCUAGAAUCACAGUUCCAAGGAGCCUUAGAUGGGCAGCUUGUGGAGCCGUCUCUGUAAGCUCGACCACUGCUUUGUUGGUCUGCCUUUUCAGUCCUGAAUGCGAACCCCAGAAUAUAGCUGCUUAUGAUAAUAAAAAAUGAUGCUCGAUUCUUGUCAAAGUAUUGAAUUUUCAUAUAUGAAAUUACCUCAAGUCCCUCAAGGAGGGUGAUAUUCCGAUUUCUCAGGUGGACCACCAGGACUAUUUCUUGUUAUUCAUAAUCUGUCUUAGCAUGUGAAAUAGUUUCUUAGCAAAAUUGUGACUACUCAUUUUACUAAGUGUGGCCACGAUCUUUUGACUGGACCUCUUCAUUUCUGGUACAAAAAUGGAGAGGGUCCAAAUCAUCUUUGUGUAAUUGAAGGAUGUAAUGGCUGUAAUUGUUUGAUCAUGUCAGUUUUCGCUCUCAAGUAGGGCAAUUCAGCAAGUGAAUUUUCA